UCAGCAAAGGUGACAUCUGAGCUGAGACCUCGCCAAGGGGCCAAGAAAGCGCAUUCCACCUUCAACUUAAAGUUGUUACAGGUUUUUCAAGCGGGAGGAUGGCAGCAGGGACCACGCUGAACGGCUCAAAGCUAAGAGUCAAGCUGCGGCCCGCUGCCCGUAGCAGUCAUCACCGUUUCCGUAAUCGUGGCAGCACCAGGACCCUCCACAUGGCAAGAAGGCUGCGGGGCGGGGGCACAGCUCCCUAGUCCUGACUGCCGGCGGCUAGGAACCGAGGCUCGGGAGCCAGGAGGCUCGGGAGCGCGAAGGUUCCGCUAUGUCCUCCACGAGGUGCAAACCAGCAGGAGCAAAGCUGGCGGCCCUCGGGGCGGGACGAGAGGGGACGGGGCACGGGGUGGCACCAGCACCGCAGAGCCAGCUCAGACCCCCCAGCCCCGCGUCCCCUCCACCUCAGGCUACCCCGAAGGUCACACCCCCACCGGCGCUCCGCCGACCUCGCCAAGGGCUCCCAAGGUUGCAGCCAGCCACCACCGGGCGCCGGACGAGCCCUAAACAAGGGAAUUUCCCCAACUUUGCCCCCGAGGGCGGUGCGGUACCUGCCAGGAGGCGUGAGGAGAGAGUGUGGGGGGAGGUGGCCAUCGCGCACGAGUCCGGCCGCUCUCCGAGGGCCCCGUGUCCUCUCUCCUCACCGGCUGCUGGGCGCCGCCAUCUUCCUUCCCCGCCCCGUACGGGAAAGGGGCUUCCGGUGUGUCACUUCCGGAGGCGGAACCCGGAAGUAAAGGACUGUGCCUGCGGACCUGUGGAACGGGACCCGCGCGACACCGCAGGACGAGAGGCCAGAGGCCGGGAGGGAUUUUCAGGAAACGCGAGGCGCUCGUGCGGCUGCGGCCCCGGAAGGGCCCGUAGCGGGCGGCGGGCCGAGGUCGGGGUGUUCUCUGGCCGCUGCGAGCGCGCUCGGGGACGGGCUGGGCCUGGCUGCGGGGCUGGGCCUGGCUGCGGACUCCUCGCGGGCGCUUCAGAGGCCCUUUGGGAUUCUCCUUGGUGCCCGAAUCGCUUAGAGGAAGUGGUUCUCGGGACGGGGCUUGCACCCUCAGGUCCAUCGCAGUUGCAGCUUUCCUAUGUUCGCUGUCAAAAAAACCGUCCCCUGGGCUCAGCUACAGCUACUGGAGUGAAGAAGCAUUGGGCUGAGCUGUGCAGGCACUGCAAGCAGACAGGAAGCAGGCGGGAGGAGGAAGCUCCUACUCCAUGUCCCAGUCUGGCACCAUGGCUGCCCCUCACCUGCAGAGCCAAACUGAGCUUUCAGGAGUGUGGUCUGCAGACCGGAGGCUUCAGCACCACUGGAUGCAAUAGAUGGGUGGCUUUGGAGCCAGAGCAGGAAGCAGGGCUAGGAGUGUAAUUUUGGACACCGAGGCAGCCACCUUGAACUCUGACAUGACAAGCAUGAGGACAGCAAGCACGCUGAGAUGGCACCAUGGGAAUCAGAGCCGGUCCUGAUGAAAUGGCCGAGCCACUGCCCAGGUACUGGACAUGCACCUGCAGGCUUACUGCUCCAAGCGUAUAGUUAUGCUCAGGCUGCCGUAUAGUUUCCUGUUCACUGCUUCCUGGCCACGCAUCCCUCUGGGACAGGAUUGCUGAGCAACCUGGC